AUGAAUGUCUGGGCCACUGUCUUUGUCUUGUGUGCAGUCUGGCCCAGUGCUUUGUCUGUGACGCGCUACUCCAUAGCCGAGGAGAUGGAGAGGGGCUCUGUUGUGGCCAAUCUCGCUGCGGAUUUGGGACUUGAGCCUGGAGGUUUGGCACAACGAGAGGUAAAACUUGAUAUUUUCACCAACAAGAAAUAUCUAGAUUUUAACAAAAAGACAGGGGAGCUGUACAUCGUGGAAAAGAUGGACAGGGAAUAUCUUUGUCCGGCGAAGCCUACGUCAUGUUUUCUAAAGCUUGAUGUGAUCAUAGAGAGUCCCUUACGCAUCUUUAAUAUAGAACUCGGAAUAACGGACAUAAAUGACAACGCUCCGCAUUUUCGACGGGACAGAGUAGAGCUCGACGUGUCCGAGUCGGCGACGCCAGGAGAGAGGUUCUCCCUGCCUAAUGCUGUGGAUCCAGAUGUUGGCGUUAAUACAAUUAAAACAUAUAAGCUCAGUGUCAGUGAACAAUUCACCAUCGAAAUUCAGACGGGCAGUGAUGGAACUCAGUAUGUGGAUUUGGUGUUGACUAAGUCUUUAGACAGAGAGGAGAAAGCUGUUCAUAAUCUAAUAUUGACUGCGGUGGACGGCGGAGUCCCUGUGCGCUCUGGCACUGCCAACAUCAUCGUCAGAGUACAGGACACAAACGACAACCCUCCUCGGUUUGACAGGCAGACCUACACGGUUAACAUGACGGAAAACUCUCCGAUCGGAACCUUGGUGAUGAAGCUUAACGCCACAGAUCUCGACGAGGGUGUGAAUUCUGAGAUUGUGUAUUCGUUCACCCUUUACACGUCGGAGAAAACACAAGAUGUCUUUGCUUUAGAUCCGAGCACAGGGGAAAUAACCGUGAAGGGCACUAUUGACUAUGAAGAUAUGAAAUUCUAUGAGAUGCACAUUGAGGCCAAGGACAAAGGGAUCCAUCCGUUACUGGGACAGUGUAAAUUAGUUGUCCACGUGACUGAUAUGAAUGACAAUUAUCCAGACAUCACCAUACAGUCUGUUAAAAACACAGUGAAUGAGAACAUCCCAGUGGGAAGUGUCAUAGCUCUAAUUGGCAUAAGUGACAGAGACAGUGGCGACAAUGGAAAAGUGAGUUUAUCAGUACAUCAGCCCAUGCCCUUUAUUCUAAACAUGUCAUCAGAAAGACCCAUGCAUUAUCAUCUCAUAGUGUCUGAGCCUUUAGAUCGAGAAAUUGUACCAGAAUAUGACAUCACACUGAUUGUGACUGAUGCAGGAACUCCACCUUUAUUUGAUAAUGAGACAAUAACUGUGCAUCUGCUUGAUAUCAAUGACAACGCACCACAGUUCCCUCUGUCUUUUUAUACGAUACGUGUGAUGGAGAAUAACGCACCUGGGGCCUUGGUCAGUUCACUCACUGCCUUUGACCCUGACCUCCAUGAAAACCAGUAUCUGGUUUACUUCAUCCUAGAGAAGGAGAUAGCCAACACCUCCAUGUCCAUGCUGUUCUCCAUCAACCCAGAGAACGGUAAUCUUUACGCACUGAAAACUUUUGACUAUGAGAUCGAGAAGGAGUUUCUUUUCCACAUCGAGGCCAGAGACUCUGGCUCUCCUCCACUCAGCAGUAACGUGACCGUCCAUAUUGUUAUUGUAGACACAAAUGAUAACGCUCCWACAUUUGAUGAAGUGAUUCAUAAU